UUCGGAGCUUAGUUCCUCCUCUUUCUUGCCUAGUUGAGCAGCACCAUGUCGGAGACGGCUCCUGUGGCCCCCGCCGCCCCAGCUCCCGCCGAGAAGACCCCCGUGAAGAAGAAGGCCAAGAAGGCAGCGGGCGGCGCAGCCAAGCGCAAAGCCUCUGGGCCCCCCGUGUCCGAGCUGAUCACUAAGGCGGUGGCCGCGUCCAAGGAGCGCAACGGUGUGUCCCUGGCGGCGCUCAAGAAGGCGCUGGCGGCCGCCGGCUACGACGUGGAGAAGAACAACAGCCGCAUCAAGCUGGGGCUCAAGAGCCUGGUGAGCAAGGGCACCCUGGUGCAGACCAAGGGCACCGGCGCCUCGGGCUCCUUCAAGCUCAACAAGAAGGCCGCCUCCGGGGAGGCCAAGCCCAAAGCCAAGAAGGCGGGCGCCGCCAAGGCCAAGAAGCCCGCCGGGGCCGCCAAGAAGGCCAAGAAAGCCUCCGGGUCCGCCACCCCCAAGAAGGCGGCAAAGAAGACCCCGAAGAAGGCCAAGAAGCCGGCGUCUGCAGCCGGGGCCAAGAAGGUGGCCAAGAGCCCCAAGAAGGCCAAGGCUGCCAGGCCCAAGAAGGCCGCCAAGAGCCCGGCCAAGGCAAAAGCCCCCAAGCCCAAAGCGGCCAAGCCUAAGGCAGCCAAGCCUAAGGCGGCCAAGGCUAAGAAGGCGGCGCCUAAGAGAAAGUAAAGUGGAAGCGGGGUUCGAGCGCCUGCUUUUCCAAAAAAAUCUCAAAAGGCUCUUUUCAGAGCCACCCAUGAACUCAAUGCAAAAGAGCUCAAGA